UGUAGCUGAAAACCAUCAUCACUCGCGUCUAAGCGUUAAGUGGCACGCUUUUUAUAAGAGAGAGAGAGAGAGAAAAAGAGUUUCAGAGAAAGGGUUUGUGUCUGACUUAGAAGAGGGAUAAGAGACACACCCUGAGAUAGUGUUGGAGCUCUCUUUCUCUGUCAACGCGAUCAAACGAGAAUGAGUCACUGCAGUAGUCGCCUUGCCGUCCCGAUGAUGUGUCAAGAGCGCGCCGAAUAAGGAGACGACGCGAGAGACGCGUGUUUCGCCGUGAAUUAGGCUCGAUUGUCGUCCGUCCGUCCGCGCGUCUACCCCGCGCGCAUUGUCUCUCGUUCGUUGACCUCUGACCUUCUCCAGGAAAAAGAAAAAGAAUCAAUUUUACAUUCCGCCUGCGGCGAUCGGCCUGUUUUUCGUCUUCCUAGAUAGAGCAACACUGCAACAAGAAUUCGACGCUCUCGAGCACAACGAUCGCCACAGCAACGCGUUACGUUAGACAUUACGUUGACGAAUGCAAUGAGUCAUGGUCUCGAUACUACGGCGGAAGAAGAGAGAAAGUCCGACUGUGUCGAAAAUAAUAUCGGCGCAUGGUCGGGAAAAAUGAGAUCGAAGUAUCCGCGUCACGUCGCACCGACGGGGCACGUUCCGAGUCGCGAGGGUGUGUGUUGCAAUGUCGGCGUCGAAUUUAAAGAUCCAGACUCGUGCGCCUCUACGGCGGAGGACAAUCCGUGUCAAGGGUAAAAGCAUAGAAGGGGAAGACUGUCUCACCGUGGGGUUCUGUGAACCCCGCGUGUAAAUAUGGGAGCACGUUGCGCGCCGGUGACAGCCGAAAGUGGAGGUCCCACGAGGAUCAUGGGGAAUCUUCUGCCGAAGAGCGGCGGCAACGACAGUCCUGUGCCGAAGACAGCGGAGCAUGAGGUCAAGGUUCGUUUUGCCCGCGAAUUCGCCGACGUAGGAUCAGCCGUCACGUGCUUGGUUCCGGAGAGCUUGUCGUCGGCCAGCAGCUUCCACAGCCUCAGCAGCACCCUCAGCACCAAGAGCAGCAGCGGUAUAUGCCCGGACUCGUCGUUCGACACUCCAGAUGACAUCGCGAACACCUCUUACACAAACUCCAACAUUCCCGGCGUGGAGGACCUGAUCCUCGGGUGCGCUGAAAUUCGCUUGGGAAACGAGCAGAUAUACGUGGACGCGCCUGACGUCUCGCAGGAUCUGAAUCUCAGUCAAGACCAGACCUUCACGUCCGCCACGGACGAGUCACAGUUUCACACGAGCGAUUGUUCUCUCACCGAGGACUUGCUGAAGCCUAACACCACCGUGAUCAUCGGUAAUGAGUCGCAGGUGAUCGAGACGAAUUCCCAAUCUCACAACACGACGCACGUGUCGUUGAAUCAGACCCAUACUUCGGCGUCUAGUAGCACGCUUUCUGCUGAUGAUAAGCAGUCCGUGAGCCCCACGGAAGAAUACGUACCGCAGGCAGAAGAGUCAAUCGAGAGGUCUGUUCCGCCGCAGGAAAGUGAUGAUACAACGAGUGAGGCUGAGACAUGCAGCAUCACGACUAGUACGAUAAAGGAUUCAUCAGCUGCGAAUAAUGUGGAUAGUGAUCAGUUGGAUGUAACAACCGCCAUUUCACCAGACAAUUCGUUCGCUAGUGCGGCCACUGUUAAUGAAGAGCAAACGGUAGAAAGUGCCGAGACAUUGUCGUCGGAAGAUUUCGAAUCGUGCGCUACCCAUAUUUCCGCUCCGUCCACAUCGGAGGUUCUAUUGGCGCAAUAUGCGGAGGAUCCAUAUUUGUUACCCAAUAUAUCUAGCGUAUCGUCACCCUUAGAAAACACCGAUGAUAAAUUGAAAGAUAAUAGUGCGCAGGAUUUACCGGGACCCGCAAAAAACGCAUCAGCGCUGGCAGCGUUAUCACCUGCUGAUGAUACCGAUCGAAGAUCAUUAACGCAGGUAAUUGUAAAUAGCUCUGAUGCUCAAGCAGAAAAGAGCGAAAUUGGCAAGGAACAAGGUUCUCCUCAGUUAGAUCAACAAGAGAACAGCAUUCAGUUAUUGAGCAAUAUUACAGAAUCGGGAAUAUUGGAAGUUCAAGAAAAUCUGCAGACUAGCCUUGACACGCAAAAUUUAGAAGUAAAUAAUAGUGCAGCAUUGAGUGAAACGCAAACUUUUGCACCUAAAGAAGAUAUUGCCAUAUGUAACGAGGUCAUAGAACAACAAGACCCGUCAGAGACUGUAAUUAUACAAAAGGACGAAGAUUUUGUGGAAAAUACAACUUCAACGGUUGCAAAGAAGGAGAUAUCCAUUGAUGAGACUCUCGAUCGUACGCUUACGUUACAAGAGUUCGAUGUAGACUUCGCGACCGCGUCGAUUGAAGACCAGUACUUAAAUUUUAAACCUCAACGACAGAGCACCACGUUGACAUUAUCCACGGAAAAAUCGAGUUUUGAGGAAUUUAAAUCCACAGCGGAGGAAGUUACUAAUGAUCUGCUCAAUUCCUCGCUGGAGCUCGCGGAGGAAGCAAAUACGUUUGUCAGUGCAACAUCCACGAUUUUUCAAGAUCCCUCGACGUUUGAUUUCUUGCUAGCGCGCAGUAACUCCAGCCAUCCAAUAGAUCGUCUUAGAAAAGAAUCUUUGUACGUUAAGUUUGACCCAUUGGUAUCGAAUGCCAUUAUGUUGCCUCAAGGGAACGCUCAACCGAUUAACGAAGAACAGAAUGACAAAAACGAGUCGCCACUCCCUAACGUUGUUACACCAAAACGUAAUCCUGCCAUAGCAGCUAUAGACAGACUGCUCUUUUAUAGCCCUCUGCCUAGUGGGACGGUGCAGAAGUUAGAGGAAGCUCAAGAAAAAAAUGAACAACCAGUAGAAGAGCCUAAAUCCGACGCACCACUUAUUGCCGAUAUAAAUAUAGCCGAGGAACUUGGACUUGUAAAGUCGACGGUUCUACGAUUAGAGGAGGAAUUAGACAAGCAAAAAAAAUACGCAGCAGAAUUGGAAAAGCAAAACGCAACCUCCCAAGAAAAAAUGAAUAAACUGCAAGCACAAGUAGCACAAGAAAUAAAAAUGAAAUCUCAGAUGAGUGUCGUCGUGGAAGAAUACGAGAAGUCGAUUAGCAGAUUACUUACCGAGCGGGAGAGGGAUCGCACGAACUUCGAACAAGAGAAGGCGAAACUGCAAGAAGAGCUGCAAGCUACGAAUCGUCAUCUGACUAAUACGGAAGCGGCGUUCAAUGAUGUACACCAAAAAUACGAGAGGCUCAAAGGGGUUGUAUCAGUGUACAAAAAUAAUGAAACUGUAUUAAAAGAAAGUGUACAGGAGAAUGUAGAUACUAUAAAGACGUUGGAGACGCGGUAUGAUCAACUGAAGGACCACGCAAUGGCUCAGCUAGAAAAAGCUAAUCUGGAGUUGGACGGAAUACGAAAGCAAAACGAAGCGGAGACGGUGAAACUGCAUGCGAUGAUAAGAAAAGCGGAACUCAAGAGCAAUUCGCUCGCGGAACUUGUGGAACAGAAAACCAAGGAGAACAAAGAACUCGCGAAAAUUCUAGACGAGGUUAUUGCCAGGGUCGGUCACGGAAAUCAAGAGUGAAAAUAAUUAUAACGAAGUAUCGCGAUUAGUCUUUAUUUUUUUACUCGUCCUCACUGUCUUAGAUAUAACUAUAUGUUAGAUGUGAUUGAUGUAUGUAUACAUGCGUUAAUUUGUCGAAUUUUUAAUUGCAAAUUUCGUUUCACUUCGAAAGAGCGACUUUUAUUAAUUAUUUAUAAGUUGUGAUAUAUAACUAUUUUAAAGCUAAUAAAAUUAUGCAUAUUAAAAACA